CGAUCGAUUAAGACGCUAAUAGAGUGCACACCAUCUGUUCUUCUUUCUCUCAUUCAAUCCUCCAUUCUCAUAUAACACUGUUGCCUUCUUAUAAACUUGUUUUUUAAAAUAAAUGUGUCCAUCAAAUGCAAUGACUUAUCCUGUCCUCCGAAGUAUUUUAAUUCGGAUGAAUUUUGUAAAAAGGAAAGAAUUGGCUGGUCAUUGCCCUGCUAUUCAAAAAAUGGAGAGAAAUGUGCCAUAUCGAUUGAAAUCAGUUCAAAUAACUGAUGAUCAGGUAUCACAAUGUUGCCGAGUUUGGAUUGAUGGAAUGAUAAUUCGCUUCGAUUAUACUAGAAGAAGAAAGGAUUUCUGUCGUGUUGUUACUUCAAGAAUGAGUACUCUUGAUCUACCAGAUAAAGUUAUUUCAAGAUGUAUCCUGUUUUAUUUGAAUAGGAAGGAUAUUCAUAUUAAGCAAUUAACUAUUAAUAAAAUGAAAUGGCCGGUGCAGCGUUUUUUCCCGAAAAAUGUGGUAUCUCUGAAAAUAAUCACAGCACGAGGAAUGGAAAACUCAUUGAGAUUACUGAAGAAUGUGCACUUUAAACGAGUAAUUGUGGAUAACCAAUGUGAUACUUCAACAAUUUUUGAAAUUCCAAUGAUCUAUGAAGCAAAGUAUUUAAUGAUUGAUACAGUCGACAUGAUUAAUGAAGCACUUUUAGAUAUGCCAUUGGUUUCAGCUGCAAAGAUAAAUCAAAAAAUGAAUGCAAACUCAACUUUCAUUGACUUCGUUCAAAAAUUAAUUGAUUCUGAAAAUUUGUGCAUUGGAUUAAAAUAUACAGCAACUUCACAUGAUCACAAUUUUGUUUUAAGAAAUCUCAAAUCGGAGUUAAGAGUACGAAUCAAUGUUAGAAAAACAAAUUGGAAAGGAAGAAAUUGUCUGACAAUCGACAUGGAAGGCGAAAAGGAAUUGGUCAUUUCUUGGUACAAAACGGGAACAGUAUUCUUUCCAAAACAUCAUGUUACUGCACAAGUUCUCAAUAAAGGAUCUUCAAAGAAUCGAGCUUCUGGAGUUAUUGAACAUUUUGUGAAUGUCUAUACCAGUCUGAGAAACAAUUGAUUCUUGCUUUCCAAUUUUUAUUUAAAAAAAACUAUUUUUUUCAUUUGAAUUCAAUUUUGUUACUACGUUUCCUGUUUUUUUUUCGAAUUUCAUUUUAACAAUUCUACCAUGUACAUAUUCAUACACAUUAAAUUUGUUGUUUCAAUACAUAUUUUUGUUCAAGUUUAAAUAAAACCUACUUUCUAAAAAAUAAU